CUUCUGCUCCUGCUUAUUUUCAGUUGUUUACGUGAACACCUGCCUUCAGUUUCAAUAAAAUUAAUUUGAUAUUUUAUAGAAUAUUCAUAAUUUGGGCAGUGCAAUUUCAAACUAUAAUAUUGUUUCGAUUUAGAGAAAAAUGUUCUAUCCCUUCGCAUUAUUAAUGUUUAGCCUCUACGCUAAUACUGAGGCCUAUUUCAUUACUGUAGAUGCCCAUGCUGAAGAAUGUUUCUUCGAUAAAGUAGAAAUUGGAACUAAAAUGGGUUUGACAUUUGAAAUUUCGGAAGGUGGGUUUUUGGACAUUGACGUGAGAAUUGUGGGACCAGAUGGUAAAGUGAUCUACCAAGGUGAAAGGGAAACCAGCGGAAAGUACACAUUCGCUGCUCAUCUUCCUGGCAAAUACACCUACUGCUUUAGCAACCAGAUGUCUACGAUGACACCCAAAGUGGUUAUGUUUGAUAUGGAAGUAGGCGAUGCCCCUAAACAAGACGCAAAAGCAGAAGGAGAUGAAACAGCAGAUCACGUGAAGAUGGAAGAGAUGAUCAAGGAACUGACGACGUCCCUGACCAGUGUCAAGCACGAGCAGGAAUACAUGAGUGUGAGGGACAGGAUUCACCGCAGCAUCAACGAGAGCACCAACUCAAGGGUAGUUCUGUGGUCGUUCUUUGAAGCUGUAGUGCUAUUCACGAUGACAAUGGGUCAAGUUUACUACCUAAAAAGAUUUUUUGAAGUCCGAAGAGUCGUUUGAAAACAUUUCGCCGGCCUCUUACAGAUCCUUUUCAAAGCCACGAUGGAAAAGACAGUUAAUUUAAAUUCUAGUGAAGUUGAAAAUGUACGAUCGGCCGUAGUUUAUGUUAUCACUAUGGUCUAAAGUUUUUUUUUUCGACAAACUCAUGUAAGGAAUUAAGCGAGAGUAAAAAAGACUUUUGGACACGUUUGAUAAACUAUAUGUUUUGUAAUACUACAACAUUCGUUUAGCUAACUAUAAUUAAUUCACAAAACCUUUGAAAAUUUUUUACUUUUAUAAAAUUAGCUAUCGAAAUUCUUUUUAUCUAGUUUUACUAUUGAAUUUGAACAGAUGUUUCCGUUUUUGGGAAGCACAAGGUAUUACUCCGCCAACACAUUGAUAUAUCUAAAUUACUGAAAAAUCUUUGUUUAAAUUUGUCUUUUUGUUGUGAAAUAAAUGUACUAUGGGACAUGAUGAUACACACAAUAAAAAUUAUAAAGACACAAUUGUGUUUUUUUUGCAUCGGGAUACUUAGUAAAGUCGGUGGAUGUAUAACUAAAAGAAUUGUAGAUGUUUUCUAUUGGUUUCUUGAGGUAAGGUUUUUUGUAAUGGUUGAUUAUGUUUUAUAUUAAUACUCUUUAUUCCUAUCAUCAGAUGCACUAUAAAUGUGUAUGACAAUAGGAAAAAACAUUACAAUUUGUAGAUAGGCACUUUCCCUCUUUAAAUGUAUAAUGUUUUUCAACAGAUAAGUAAAAAACACUUGACUUGAUAACAAUGUUGAUCUAUCAAGUGGUUGUUCCAAAAUACUUACGCAAGUAUAUAAUGCAUAGUUAAAUAAUUUUACAUGAUUUUUUGAUAACUAUUCAAUGGCUUUAGCUCACUGAUCAAUUCUUUAACAUUCUGAACUGUAUCUGUAUCUUGUUUCCCUCAACUUUUCCUAAUCCACCUUUUAAACUAAACCGUGUAUCUUAAGUUUUAUUUAAAGAUAGUUUUGAAUAAUAUAUUAAUUACACAUGAGAAUAUGAGGAAGCCAAUUGAAUUUUGCAAACUUAUUCCUUGAACACUCUUCAGGAUUUCCAAUCUCAACACAUGUGUUAGUUGUUUUUUUAACAUAUUAAAUCAAUCGCUGACUAUUAAUUAUUGGCUCUUCAUUCUAGUAACCGCAUAAGACAGGAAUCAAAUCACUUUCUUCAAAAAAGCUUGUAUAGCUUCACAUACACAGCUAUCAUAUUUCCUUGACACUGUUGACACCAUUUUGUUUUCGUAAACAAUGUCAGUUUGAAUGAGUAAACUUUAUAAAUGCUCGGCCAAAAGUCCCGAUGCCAAGAAAAUAUAUAUUUAAAAAUAAUUACUGUUUGUGAAGAGUAUUAAAAGUCCAUUAAAGAGUGUUUAGUUUAAUUUCUAGCACAAUUAGAGACUUGUAGUUCAAAAACUUCAAAAACUUCAUCCGUUUGAUCACAGAGCCAGUUCAAUGGUUAUCUUCCAUUUAUGUGUGAUCAAAUAGAGUUUUGAAUAUUUCAUAAAUACUACCAUAAUUUUCAAUUUACUAUCAAUACUAUUAUUUUUGUAAAGCUCAUUUUCAACUUUCUUAUUUUCCUGUCAAAAUGUUGGCCUGAGAGUGUGUUUAAUGUUAGGAAAUUAAUGUUUUUAUGUGACUGGAAACUGGAAAAUUGCUUCUAGUGUGCUUACCAGUAUUGUAAGUCAGGGUAAGGAAGAUAUGUCAUAUUUGUAAAUAUUGUACAAUAGAUAAUAGUAUAAUAUUAUCAAAUUUCCUUUAGUAUUUAUAAAGUAGGACUUUCUAUAACAUAAUAUCCAAACAUAAUAUAAAUAACUCGAUUAUGUCAAUAUACAACCAGUCUCAAGUUCGUGUUGGAAAUAGUUUUUACAUUUUCAACAUUCUCUGUCACAAAUUACAAUGGUUGUUGAUUUGUGUUACCUUUGACUAUGGUUAGAAUUAGACAUUGCAUUUCCAUGUUCAAGUUGUCACCAGUUUUAUAACAAGAAUGAUCGUAGUUGAGUUCAGCUACAGAAAUGCGUUAGUAAAAAUUACUGAAUUCUAUCAAAUACGCAAACUGUUUAACCUGUUGGAAUACCGAAACUACAUAACCUAAUUACACAUAGGAUUUUUUAUUUUUGGCUCCUUUUGUGACUUAAACAACUACAGCUUUCUCAUUCAUUUCUAUCUUAAAUUAAUAUCUUCCUCCUCUGAAAGAUUGGGAGACAAUUUGCAAUUAUCUAUGGAUCGGUCCAUUCUACUCGAUCGUAAACAAGACAGUGGCGCAUGUUUACACGACAUAAUCUCAAAACUCACUUGUUUACUAAUUUUGUUUUCCAAAACUCGUUAGGCAACCAAACUAUCAACCUGACAAGUGCUGCGAUCCCUCGGAAUAAUUCUGAACUAGUAGCAAUGUCUCGGAGCGCAAUGCCAAAUCAAAUCGUCUUUAUUUCACAUUGUACAUAAAUCAGUACACGGAAUGGCGUCAUAAACGAUAUCUAAAACUUAACAUAAAGAAAUCAAGUCUAAUAGAAAUAAAAAACACUAAUUUAACAUAUAUUAUUCUAAAGAGUAUAGAGGUUACAACAAGUAAUACUUCAAAUGUUUUUUAAAUUUUAAAAAACAUAAGCAGCGGCCAAGUAGGGUGGGUUAACAAAGCUAACCUUAACAGACAACUCAUUGUAAUCUGCCUCACAUCUAUCGUCACUAAUCGGCAACGACUGGGACAUAUAAUGUAAUGUCUUUUUCAAUAUCAUGAAGUCAAUGGUUAUAGAUAAUUUUCAAGUUUUAUUGAUAUAAUUUUUUGUGUAUGGUUGCUUUAUCGUGGAGUCUGACUUGUAAGUUUUAUGUUGGAUUUGUUUUUUAGAAUAAACUAUACGUAAUUGUUUUUCA